AUGUUGAAUGUGAAAAUGUUCGAAGGGAAUGAUACUGAAAAAUCGGUGACCGAUAUGGGUGAACGUUUGUCGCAAAAUGUUAUGUCCUUGGUCAAUAUCAACCGCGUAUACUAUCGGUGUUUGACGGACAUUUUGGAUACGAAAAAGUUUAACAAUCUCGAUAGUGUAAAAGACCACGUUGGUUCGGUGUUGAAACAAAAAGAGAGGGCGAAAUCCGUCGGGUCCGAAAUGAUUGCUUAUUGCCAGAUUAAUUUGAAAAAAAUUCGUCAGAUUUCGGAUAGUCAAUAUAAAUUACACAUCGAGUCGAUAACGGAUCACCCGAUUAUAAUCUAUCAUUCGCAAUUGAGUGUAUUUCAAAACGAAUUGAAUGCAUCCAAGAAGAUCACAAAGAUCGCCGAACACUAA